GAUCAGUUGCAGACGGUCAGUCGAGCGAGACAGUUGUGUGCGCGCCGGUGUUGGAAACCCGAACUCGAAUUCGAACCACUGAAGAGCCAGCCAAGCUCAGGCCAGAAUCCACCAUCGACUCGAAUCGAAUCGAAACGAAUCGAAUCGCCACAAAAAUAAAAAAGAAACCAACACAAACAGAUCUGACAACAUGAAGUUCGUGAUUUUGCUGUGCGUGCUGAGCGCGUUGCUGCUGCAAAUUGAAGCGUCGCCCCUCCAGCGGCUUUCGAGAAGCGAGCGGGCUGUUUCCCGCCAACAGACGGUCAACAAUGAGGUGGCUCCGGCGGUAGCUCCUGCCAGCGAUGAUGACGAUGAUGACGACGAUGAGGACGACGAUGAUGAGCCUGAUCUAGGAGAUCUGAUCGAUGACGAUGAUGAUGAUGAUGAGGAGGAGGACGAUGACGAGGACGAGGAGGAUGAUACGCCCCAGGGUCAGGCUGCUCCAGCGGCCACUGCCAGCGAUGAUGACGAAGAGGAAGACGAUGAUGAUGACGAUUAUCUGGACAGGCUGUUCGAUGAUAUCCUGGGCGAUGAUGAAGAUGAGGAUGAUGAUGACGAGACACCCGCUGCCACCGCCCAGCAGAGCGCUGUGGCCGCCGCUCCCGCCCAAACUCUGGAUGAGGUCGCCCCCGCUGCCGCCUCCUCCGUGAGCGCCGGUAUCUCCGAUGGUGUUGAUCUGCCCGCCGAGUCCGGAAAUGCCGCUGAGGUCCUGGCCGCUGGAAAUGCUGCCGAUGAGUCCGUUUCCGCUGCCGUUGCUCCGGCGCAAAACGCUGCCGCCAGCAGCAGCAACAACGAAGGUAUCGCCGGUGACGACGACGAGGAGGCCGACGAUGAUGAUGACGAUGACGACGAUGACAUUAUCGGCGAUGACAUCAUCGAGGCCCGCCGUGAAGCACGUGAGUCCAAAUCGAAGUCGGAAACGGCGACGAAAGAAACCAAGGCCAAGAAAUCAACAAGUCCCUCAAAGAAGGCCAAGAAAGAGCUGAAGCAUUAACCAAACAAACUGCUAAAUGAACAACAACAACCGCAACAACCACUAAAGACAGGGACCCACAACAACAACAAAAUAACAGAGAACGACAUGCCCCAAAAGCAAAAAAAAGACGAAAAAGGAAAGCGAAUUUUCUGAACAUUUUCCCAUGGGGCAGGACGCGAUCCGGACUUUUGCAAUUGCAUCUUUGCCUGCACUGACUAUCCUCCCACAUCCCUCGCUAUCCUUUAAUUUAUGAAACAAAAUCUGAGUUAAGUACAUAUGUUUAUGCAUCCCCGAAAAGGGGAUGGAAUUAUCGAGAGUUUGGUGCUAGUCAAACUAUCUGCAAAACAACAAAAGCAGCACAAUUAUUCCCAAUUCUUUCCACUGUAUCCCUCCAACGCACAAUUGUUGAGUUAUUUACGCACGGACUGUUUCACCUGACUAAAGAAAUGCAACACCAACUGUACGCACAACUGCAACGCUAGUUGCAGCUGCAACCGCAACAGCAACAUGUUUAAUGCCCAAGCACAAAAAUGGUUGAAUUCAAAGAGAUCACAAAGCAAAAGAAGAUGAUGAUGAUGAUGAAGAAGAUGAAGAAGGCGCAGAAGAAUCGAAAGGCGGAAGAGCGGCAAGAGGCAGAGCAAGAGAAGAAUUGAUAGAAAGAGAUAUCGCUGAAAGAAAGGCUUCCCUUGCUCUCUCUUUCCCAUUCCAUCACAUUCACAUAUCUCCCUCUCUCUCUCUGCCUAUCUUUCUCACACACACACACACGCCCCGCACGUAUAGCUAAAUUGAUGUAACACCAACAAACACAACAGCAAUAAGAAUUGUUCACUUUGUGUAAUUUAUUUAUUUCUAGUUGUAAUAUCUUUUUCGUAUUUAUUUGUGUAAUUAAACAAAGCAAUCGAUCAGAUUCGGAAUUAGAUAUCAUUAUGUAAACAACUGCCUAUCUCACUCGCUCUCUCUCUUACUAUGUCUAUGUCUGUCUCUCUUAUGCACACACACACACGCAUUUAAGCACUAUCGCUAUCUCUUGCUUUCACACAUUUGGCUUACAAUUGAACAUUUUAGAUGAAACAAAAGAUGUAUAUCUUUUUGUACCUUUGGCUUUUUCUCUAACUUUUUUCGGCUCGCAUAAUUUUCCGAACGUAAAUAACGCAAAUUUUGUAAAAAAUAUGGAAAAAACUCAAUCAAACUUAAAAAUCAGCAAUAAAUUGUAGCUAAAAGUUGAACGCUUGAAAGGCAGCGCAAAAUUUCACAAGAAGAAAUAGAGAAUUGUUAAACUUUGCGUUUUAGGUCAUCUAAUUUAUAAUUUAUUAUUUAUUUAUUUAUUUAUUUAUUUAUUAUAAAAACAAAAGCAAGAAGAUGAAGAACAAAACCACAAAACAAUAAAUUUGCUUAAAUAAAUUUGCGAAAU